GCUACGCCACAGCCCAGCGGCGGCCAUUCGCGGAAAAAGAGGCAGAGCCUGUGCCAGCUACAGCCUCCUCCGAGCCUCGGCGGGCGGGCGGGACCGGCCUCUCCUCCCGCCUCGCCCCCACCCCCACCCACCUCGAGCCCAGUGUCUCCGGCGGAGGGUUCGUCCCCGUUCAUGCGGGAUGAGCGAUCAGAAGAAGGAGGAGGAGGAGGAGGCGGCGGCGGCAGCGGCGGCGAUGGCUACGGAAGGAGGGAAAACCUCUGAGCCAGAGAAUAACAAUAAAAAACCUAAAACCUCAGGCUCCCAGGACUCUCAGCCCUCUCCUCUGGCUUUACUGGCAGCUACUUGCAGCAAAAUAGGGACUCCUGGUGAAAACCAAGCGACUGGACAGCAGCAGAUUAUUAUAGACCCAAGCCAAGGACUGGUGCAGCUUCAGAAUCAGCCCCAACAGCUAGAGCUGGUCACCACGCAACUCGCUGGGAACGCCUGGCAACUUGUUGCUUCCACUCCACCCGCUUCAAAAGAGAAUAACGUUUCUCAGCCCGCCUCCAGUUCGUCUAGUUCUUCCAGCAGUAAUAACGGGAGUGCAUCUCCUACAAAAGCCAAGUCAGGGAACUCUUCCGCCCCCGGUCAGUUUCAAGUCCUGCAAGUGCAAAACCCAAGUGGUAGCGUCCAGUACCAAGUGAUCCCACAGCUGCAGGCGGUGGAAGGGCAGCAAAUUCAAAUCAAUCCAAGCAGUAGUUCAUCUCUCCAGGAUUUGCAGGGUCAAAUUCAGCUCAUUUCUGCAGGUAAUAAUCAAGCUAUACUCACGGCUGCUAACAGGACAGCUUCCGGGAACAUCCUUGCUCAAAACCUGGCCAAUCAGACAGUUCCUGUCCAAAUCAGACCUGGGGUUUCAAUACCACUGCAAUUACAGACCCUUCCCGGUACUCAGGCGCAAGUUGUAACAACCCUGCCAAUUAACAUUGGAGGAGUGACGUUGGCUUUGCCAGUGAUCAAUAACGUGACUGCUGGAGGAGGGACCGGGCAGGUGGGCCAGCCUGCCACCACUACCGACAGCGGGACUUCCAAUGGGAAUCAGUUAGCCUCCACCCCCACCACCACCACGGCUUCCGCCAGUACCAUGCCAGAGUCUCCCUCCUCCUCGACCACCUGCACAACCACCGCUUCGACGUCCCUGACGAGCAGUGACACCCUGGUGAGCUCGGCGGACACGGGCCAGUACGCAAGCACAUCCGCCAGUAGUUCUGAACGCACCGUGGAAGACUCUCAGCCAGCGCCCACGGAGUCGGAAGCUCAGAGCUCCAGUCAGCUCCAGCCUAAUGGAAUACAGAAUGCCCAGGAUCAGCCCAACUCUCUCCAGCAGGUGCAGAUCGUAGGCCAGCCCAUCUUGCAGCAGAUCCAGAUCCAGCAGCCGCAGCAGCAGAUCAUUCAGGCGAUUCCGCCACAGUCCUUUCAGCUGCAGUCAGGGCAGACGAUUCAGACCAUCCAGCAGCAGCCUCUGCAGAAUGUUCAGCUGCAAGCAGUCAACCCGACUCAGGUGCUUAUCAGGGCUCCAACGUUAACACCUUCAGGGCAAAUCAGUUGGCAAACUGUCCAGGUUCAGAAUAUUCAGAGUCUCUCCAAUUUGCAAGUGCAGAAUGCUGGGUUAUCCCAACAAUUAACCAUCACCCCAGUGUCUUCAAGUGGUGGCACAACUCUUGCCCAGAUCGCUCCUGUGGCUGUUGCUGGUGCCCCAAUAACUUUGAAUACUGCCCAGCUUGCAUCAGUGCCUAACCUUCAGACAGUGAGCGUUGCCAACCUGGGUGCUGCAGGCGUUCAAGUGCAGGGAGUUCCAGUUACAAUCACUAGUGUCGCAGGUCAGCAGCAAGGACAAGAUGGAGUAAAAGUCCAGCAGGCUACUAUAGCUCCUGUAACCGUAGCUGUUGGAGGAAUUGCUAAUGCCACGAUAGGUGCUGUUAGUCCUGACCAACUCACACAAGUGCAUUUGCAGCAAGGCCAGCAAACUUCCGACCAGGAGGUGCAACCUGGCAAGAGGCUUCGAAGAGUUGCGUGUUCCUGUCCUAACUGCAGGGAAGGAGAAGGCAGGCUCCACCUCUUAAAGGUUCCAACACUCUCAACAUCGCCAUGCUGGGGACCAAGCUUUCAGCACAUGAACCUUUGGGACACAAACAACAUCCAAACCAUAGCAUAUGGUGUGAGAGGCAGUAAUGAACCAGGAAAAAAGAAACAGCACAUCUGUCAUAUUGAAGGAUGUGGUAAAGUUUAUGGCAAAACAUCUCACCUACGAGCACAUCUUCGCUGGCAUACUGGAGAAAGACCUUUUGUCUGCAACUGGAUGUUUUGUGGCAAAAGAUUCACCAGGAGUGAUGAGCUUCAGAGACACAGAAGAACCCAUACAGGUGAAAAGAGAUUUGAAUGCCCAGAAUGUUCCAAAAGGUUUAUGCGGAGUGAUCAUCUCUCCAAACAUGUGAAAACACACCAGAAUAAGAAAGGCGGCGGGACAGCGCUUGCCAUUGUUACCUCGGGAGAACUGGACUCAUCCGUCACAGAGGUGCUGGGCUCCCCAAGGAUUGUCGCCGUGGCAGCCAUUUCUCAAGAUUCGAAUCCAGCAACUCCCAAUGUUUCCACCAACAUGGAAGAAUUCUGAAGCGACAUUUGUAACAGAGACCUCUAGUGCUGCACUUACGUUUACACACCUUUGAAUAUCUGGAACUGGGCUGGUCACAUGGAUUACAGAGUAGGAAAUCAUGUUUUCAUUCUUGGCUUCUUUUAAGUAUUCCUAGGUUUGGGGCAACACAUGAAGUGUUGAAUUUUUUAAAAUACACAAAGCAAACCGCUGUACCGGAAACAGAAAAGUAUUUCCUCCGUGCUCUAAGUUGCAGUUGUGUGGGAGUAUGUCAUGUAACCUUGCAGUAGGGUCUUCCCCGCUGUGAGCAUCAUGUGUGCACAGAUUGAAAAAGACAGACCUCGGUCAUUUGUAGGCUGCACCUUAAUUGGACGUAUUUUCUUUGAAAGUACUUUCUUAAAAAUUCAGUCAAUAAUUUACAUACAUUUCUUUUUCUCUAUAGCACAGAAAACAGUCAACUAAUGAUAAGGAUAAUACUGUAUUUCCUUAGCUUGAUUUUUGGAAACUCAACCGAAAAUAGUUUUGGCCGUCUUUUCUAAAUGGUAGAAAUUCUUCAACAGUUGAAUUAGGUAAGUUCCAAAACAGUCUUCUGAGGUGCGCCUCAGAUCGUUGUCACCACUACAUUGUAGUAGUGUGUACGCAGACAAUCAGUGAAGUCCAAUUGCUUUCUCCUUUUGGAGACAGAAGAGGAGCCUAGAGCUAAAUCUUAGGUUAAAUUUUAGAUGGAAAACUUAGGAAAAUGCUGGGGGAAAAAAUGGUUAAAACAAAAUUCCCGAUAGCUUCAGAAAAGUAAGAUGAAGCAACUUGACAUGCAUUGUUUUAUAGUUAGGAUUGAUUCUAUUCCUAACGCUCAGUCGAACCACGAGAUUCAUUUUAAAUGUUUAUAUUGGGAAUAUUUGCGUAGAAUGUAAAUCAUUCUGUAGUUUCAUAUUGUGUAAAUAGGAGUUACGUUGACAAUGUGCAGAAUUCUUUAUGCUUUGACACAGUAGCCAAAGAACCAUCAACACUUUUUUUCAAGGCCAGCAGAAAAUCAUCUUUUAACUACAUUAUAAUUUUCAUUUUUCCUUACUAGAAAUUGGCCGAUCCCAUUUUAUUUCUAGUACUGUUAGAAAGUUAAUUAGGAAUUCAUAGCACAGUAAUGUCUUUAUGUCAAUAACUGAAUUUUCCCUAAAAUUUAGACAGCCUAGCAAAUAUAUAAUAGAUAUGAUAUUAUGGAGCAAAAAUUAUUUUUGAGAAAUCAGAAUAAUUUUCAGUCAAAUAGUGACUAAAUAAAAAAAUAUAUUUCAUUCUAUGUGAAAGGGUCUUAUAGUCAAGAGUCUUAUUAGGAAAGAUGGCCAAAAAUUCCUUAUGGAAAAGAAAAAUGGAUAAUGCCAGUAGCUUAAACAUUAGUAAGAUUUAUCAUGUUUUUAAAAAGCAUUUCCACAGAAUCAUAAUUAGUGAAAUUGACCAUUUGAAAACUAAAGUUUUUACCUGCUUGGUUUAUUAACAGCAUGGUUUGGGAACUGUUUGAAUACAGGUACAUACAUGUUUUCUUGUGCAUUCUCUAUGAUUUCAGGAAAAGUACUACUCAUGGGAAUUCUCUUCCAAAAUUGUGAUGUUUCUUGUAUUUUUGAUGAAGGAGAAAUACUGUAAUGAUCACUGUUUACACCAUGUACACUUCAGGCCAGCCCUUUGUAGCGUUAUAUAAAACUGAAGGCCUUUUGUGCUUUCAGUUUGUAUAAAAAAGCUUUGAGAUUAAAGGAAAAAAAAAUUUUUACACUGUGGUUAUAAAUUUCAAGUUUUCUUAAAGCUUUUGUAGACUUGUAACAAAGUCUUUAAAUUUUAAGUUGGAUUUUGUAAAUUGUUUUGUAUAUUUUAUUUAAUGUACUCUUAACAACUGAUGUAUCUGGCUUUACGACAUCAGAAUCAGUUUGUUGUUGUGUUUGGUACAGAGGAGCGUUUGGUAGUGUUCAUUUCAAUUUUAUUAUAUAGGAGCUGAAACAUCAAAUAUAUAUUUUAUCUAUCAUUAUGCUACACAAUCAGUGCUAUAAAUUUUUUUAUGCAAAGAAACUUUCUUAAUGUUCCAAUCAUGUUUCCUUCGAGUGACACUUUCUGUUGUUUUCGUUGAUACCAAGAAUCAGCACUCUGCAUGGCAAUCCCAUGCACCAGUUUCACUGCAAACCUCUGUGUGUUCAUCAGAAAUGGAAGUUCAUUUUCUCAUCAACAAUGAGGCCUAUUAUAAAUUUAUCAAACUGAAUCUGGAUAGCUUUAUAGCAUAUAAAAUAUAUUAAUUUGUGUUAGCAGGUGCACAUUUCACCACCAGAAUUAGAAAUUUUUUGACAGUCUGCUCUGCAUACCAUUCUGAGUCCACUUUUCUGUCUUAGAAGAAUCGUAAAUCUCAAUGUCCUUUAUUUGACUCAGUGGGAAUAGCUGUUAUAAGUAAUAGGACACAGAUGUGCAGUAGAGUCUUGUUUAAUGGCAUUUCACUGUUCAUUCCCUUUGCCACCGUUAUAAAGCUUUUCUUUAUUGUAAUUAUCAGUGCAAAGCUAUGUAUUUAUCAUGGUAGAACUCCAGUGUUAGAAUAGUUUUUUCUUACAGUAUACUUUCUUUGGUUAGGUUUGUGUAUGUGUUGCUGAUUACAUUAGAACUUGAUGUUAAGUCAUUAUUUAUCACACUCUCAUGAGAGCAGUAAUAAAAGUGUGUAAUCUAGGGGAAAAAGUUAAUUUGUCAAACUUAGAUAAGCAUGAUGUUUAGGUCCUAUUUUUCAAUUUUAUAACUGUUUUAUUGCAACAAUAUUUGUAUUUAAGUCUCCAUUUUAAUGCCUUGUGGUGUUUUUUUAUGCAUGUCACUAAGUUGUCAUCCCACAUAAAUUGAUGUGCAGCAUAGGGUAUUAAAUCUACAUAAUGAUUUUAAAACAGAAAUAGUUGAUGGUAAAAUGUAAAUGUUUUGCAAAAAUUCCUUAUAAAAAGUUUUGUAGUAACAUUUCACUUGUAAAUUUUUUUGUAAAAAAAAAAAGAAAAUGAAAAAAAAAGAUGAAUCCAGAAAAAAACUGUUUCCCAUAUCCUAGAAUUUAGACAAUUAUUCUGCCAGCAAAGCCUCCGGGGCUGUAACUGACAUUUUUACAGUGCUGAUUUGUAUAAAAUUUGUUUUUUGUGGAUUUGGAAAUAAAAUCAUGUACAAGUUGUUGCCUGCAAUAACAAUUGCAAGUAACCUAUUAAAAAUUCCCUUGAGUUUAACAUGUUUCAUUUAAUUAUGUAUACUAUAAAGCAGCAAUAAAUUGUUUGAACUAUCAACCUUACCACGAUGAACACUGCAAAGUUAAAUGCUUCUCACUAGAACACACAUUGGCAGCCCUUCACGGUGCCUGGUAUUAAGAUCCAGGCACCAUUUCUCUGAACACACCGCCAGAGAAUCCCAACUCAGAUUGCACCGUUAAUUUGUAGCCAUUGCUCUAGACAUUUAUGGAAAUUAAAAUUUGAUUUAGAGACGCUUUUUAACUUAAUGUCUUUAAGCAAUAAAUGUUAGGAAAUUGUAGGAAGAACUAAAAACGCAAAACGUAAUUAAAAUGUUAUUUAAGCUCACAGAAACACUAAGAAGCAGUGUAGACCAAGUAGAAGCCACAUAGUCUUUUAAUGAAAAUGGUCUUUUCCUCCUGGGAGAGCCCUGCAAAGCUCAUGAGAACCUUACCAAAGUAAUGAACACCUGAUUGUCACAACUUCAGACAUGGCAGAGGGAGGCAAGGGGGUGAGAUGUUAGAUGGCCGAGGGAGUGCACUGGCCCACUGGACCAAGACUUGGAAGAGUCU